GUCACGAGCAGGGGGCGGAGGCCGCGCGGCCGCGCUGCGGGAAGGGCGAGCGCGGAAGAAGGAGCCGGAGCCCCGCGCCCUCGGGCAGGAUUCAGCGUUCCCAUCCCUCGGCUCCGCCUGGCUGAGCCAGAGCUCUUCACCACCGCACUUAAAGCCUGGCACCUUGAUGGAAACAGAUGUUGGUGGUGGUCCGAGGUGUUUGUGGGGGUUAAAAGAUUUGAACUCGAGCUGAAUAAAACAAGGGCUAAACAUUGAAGGAUGGCAGCAAAUCCUUCAGGACAAGGUUUCCAGAAUAAAAAUAGGGUUGCAAUCCUGGCAGAACUAGACAAGGAGAAGAGAAAGUUACUUAUGCAAAACCAGUCUUCCACAAAUCACCCUGGAGCCAGCAUUGCACUUGCAAGAUCACCUCUGAAUAAGGAUUUCCGUGAUCAUGCUGAGCAACAGCACAUUGCAGCACAGCAGAAGGCUGCACUGCAGCAUGCACAUGCACACUCCUCAGGAUACUUCAUAACUCAAGACUCUGCAUUUGGGAAUCUUAUUCUUCCUGUGUUACCUCGACUUGAGGCAGAAUGAAGAAUGUUGUUUGUCUCAGAAAUUCAAGAUCUGAUUUAUCCAUAGCUGUCUGACCUUUUAAUUUCUUUAUGUAUCUUAAAACCUACUUUUUUCUGGGUUUUUGCAAAUGCCAUACAGGAGUGUGAGCUCUAGUGAUGGGGAAGUAGUGUUGAAAAUUUUUUAUCCUGUAUUUCUGUUCCUCUGUCAGGUCAAAGUCAAAUGCAAGACUUUUCUUGGAGUUGAAGUACACGGGGUUUGCUCUUCCGUGUUUCAGUGCUUCCUUUAAAUAAAUGUCCAAACCAGAGUCACCAAGAGAUGCACAAUCUGUCAGCAUUUGUGUUUAUUAUGUAGAGGUAUGAUUUUUGUAGUGAAUAAUGAAAAUUAUUUCUGUCCAUCAAAACAGACACGAAUUUGUCUAAUGCAUCAGCCAGUCUUCCUCCCCACCCUCUCCUAUGCAGGAACAUUUCUAGUGUACUGUUUGCCAUUGUAGCAUCAUCUGGUCUCAAGUUCUUAGUUACAGUGUGCCUGCCUCUUACCUUGUUUUGUGAAAUACAAAAAUGUAUUAAAGUGGGGAAAAAAGC